CUCCCGUCUGCGUAUUCCUCUCAAUUCUUCCUCCCUCUGUGUUCGGCAGGUGACACUCUCAUAGUCGAAGAGGAUCCAUCCAAACCCAAGGCCGACUCGCCCGUGGUCGCAAAAAGAACGAUGUCCAGCGCGGUCAGGGAAGCCGUGCCGGUGCUGGCGAGGAGGGUUGUUCCGGCAGAUAACUCCUGUCUCUUCACCAGCGUGUACUACGUGGUGGAGGGAGGCGUUUACGACCCGGGCUGCGCUCCAGAGAUGCGCAGCCUUAUAGCCCAGAUAGUAGCGAGUGAUCCCGAAUCUUACUGUGAGGCAGUUCUAGGGAAAACUAACAGGGAGUAUUGUGACUGGAUCAGGAGAGAAGAGACGUGGGGAGGAGCCAUCGAAGUGUCCAUUUUAUCCAAAUUUUACCAGUGCGAAAUCUGUGUGGUGGACACGCAGACAGUCAGGAUCGACCGUUUUGGGGAGGACGCCGGUUACACUAAGCGGGUCCUUUUAAUUUACGACGGGAUUCAUUACGAUCCGCUCGAGCGUAAAAUUCCCAGCUCGGACGUUCCUCCCCAGACCAUUUUCUCCACGACUGAUGAUGUUGUUCUUGCACAAGCGUUGGAAUUGGCGGACGAAGCCAGACGGAAGAGGCAGUUUACUGACGUGAAUCACUUUACGCUGAGGUGCAUGGUGUGUCAGAAGGGACUGACUGGGCAAGUGGAAGCCAGAGAACAUGCCAAGGAGACUGGACACACCAACUUCGGAGAAGUGUGA